AUGCUGAGUUCAAAUCGAGUGAUGAGUUAUGUCAUUGAUGAUUCCGGCUUGAUGAAUGCGGAAUGUAGCGGUAGAAAAUCCAUCAAACAAUCUUACUGUGCCAGCAAAUCAACGCAAGGUCACAGUUCUGUUGUAAAUCAGCUGGAAUCAGAUAACCAUAUCAAUGAGUUGGGGGAUGAUGUGAUGCUGGAUUAUGCUUUGGGCAUGGAAGUUACAUCUGCUCUGAAGGAAUGUGGAGAAGAUAAUAGCGGCAAUAAAUUGGGAGUUGAUAAUGUGAUGGUGGAGGAGGAUGCCUUGCAUAAGGAAAUUUCAUCUGUGACGAAGAAUAAUGAUUUGGCUGUUUUUACUUUAGUUGGCAAGACUGCAAGAAGUGAGAAAGAAGCUUAUGAUUUGUAUAAUGAUCAUGCCCGAUUGAUUGGUUUUAGUGUGAGAGUGGGAAAACAGAAGUUUAGAGCUGUGAGGGGUGAAUAUCUACGCUGUAGCCAGGGAAACAUCGAUUCAUAUCUUCCUGGUGACCCUUUCCUGGAGAGCAUUCGCAGAGUGUACAUAGUUGAAGCAUUUCGAAAGGUUCAGCAGUUGCACAAAGAUGGGAUGUUGUGCAGGCAGGAGCAGUUAGAGGUCUCAAAUGAUGGCAAUAUUGUGACGUACAAUGUUUGGCGGUUUGGGAUAGAGCACUUUAAGCAUGUGGUUGUACAUGACACUAGGUUACAGAGAUUGUCAUGCACGUGCAGGUACUACUCUGAGGCGGGCAUGCUUUGUUGCCACAUUCUUCGAAUCUGUCAUGUAACCUCUGCUGAUGAGUUUCCUAAAGAUUAUAUAUGUAUGAGAUGGACAAUAGGUUAUGGUGCCAGGUCAAGCAUAGCUAAUGAGGGAGAUGGAAAAGCUGCUGGGCCAUUGCUGUGGAAGGCACUAAUUAUGAGACGAUUUUCAGACUUGUUGUAUGCAAGUGAAUAUAACAAAGAUACAAAGAAAUGUUGUGACGAGGCGGUUGACAGGCUUAAAGAAGAACUUGGCAGUUUCAUUGGUUCAAAUAAUAAUGAUGAGUCUGUAGACAAUGAUGGUGUUAUAAAGAAUCCGGCUGUAAAGAGGAAUAAGUUUGGUCCCAGGAACGAAUGUCCUAAAAGCAUAGUUGAGAAGGCAUGUAACAAAGUCAGAGGCAGGAAAACAAAUGCAAGAAUUGCUGCUGACCGAACAAGAGCUUCAGUUGCAUCAGACCUGCAUUAUCAAAGCAUGCCAUUUCCUUAUCCAAAGGGAGCUGCUCAAGAUUAUUCAGGCUCAGGAAGUUUUGCUAUUGUGAAUGCUUCCCAUCAAAGCAUGCCAUCUUUGAACGUAAAUUUUGGUGGAUUCCCAUUUGCUAAUCCAAGCGUAGCUGCCCAGGAUUUUUCAUGGGCAGGGGCUUCCGCUUCUGUGAAUGCUUCUGAUCAAAGCAUGCCAUUCAUCAACCAAAAUUUCAGUGGAUUCUCAUUUCCAAUUCCCAAGGGAGCUGGCCAGGAGUUUCAAGGCGCAAGCACUUCCACUGCUGUGAAUGCUUCUCAUCAAAACAUGACAUUCAUGAAUCAAAACUUUGGUGGGUUCUCAUUUCCUAACCGAAGGGAAGCUGCCAGGGAGGCUGGAGCGCAGCGUUUCUUCAACAAGAUGUUUUAUUAG